CUUUCAUUUUCCAAACAGAUCUACGGAGCUCAAUUGGUUGUUAGUUGCAGUGUGGCCCUUUGCAUUGCUAUACAUGAACACAAAGUAGUCGAGUUUUGUGUGCUUUCAUUCUCUGUGCAUAAGCAUCAUCACACAUCGUAGUGACACCGAGUGAUAGUAAAAAAGUGUAAACGAUCGCUUGUAUUUGAGUGCCAGAAGCGAUAGAAAAAAAAAACAAUAGAACCUUAAGUGAAUCUUAUCAAUUUUGUUGCAAGCACUGUGUAAAAUUCCGCUGAUUAUGUGUCAGUUGUCCGUUAUUGCCUAAACAUGCAAAAGACUUGAUUGUGAUUUGUAUCUUUUUUAUAUGUGUCUCUCCAUCGUGUUUUGCAUUCUGAAUCAAAGCAAAACAGAACCAAAGGAAUUUUUCAUCAAAAAAAAAAAACACACGAGAGUAACGCAAAACAUUUGCCACGAAUUUAAUUGGAUUUUUUUAAUUCGAAAAUUAAAUACAUUCCAUCGUGAAGAGUAUUGACAAUUUAGAACGCUCCUUAUUUGUUAACAAACACAAUGGCAAUCUUAUCAUGAACAAAAAAAGGAUGUUUUUCGUCGAUAAAUGCGUUUACAUGUGUUAAAUUUUGUGAUUAGAACGUUGUGAUUAUUAUUCAAUCAAGUUCAUUCGCCUUUUAGUUUUUAUUGUUAAUGUCUAAAUGCAACGACUUAUUGAGUCUUGAACAAUUGAAAAACACAAAGAAAUUGGCAAACCACAAUACAACGGGUCGCAUCAUCUGUUAUCGCCAAAGUUGACAAAUAACUUACAAACAAAACGAUCAGUAUUAAAAUAGAUGCUUAUUUAGCUUCGAAUACAUAUCAAUUUUAAGAUUAAACUACCGAAGAAACCAACGCACAUUCACACAAAGCACGUCAAAUAAAAUAGACUAGAAAAAAAUGGAGGAAACUCUUAUGUUACUGUUACUUACAAUUGUUAUGCUGAUUGGAUCGUAUUUGGCCGGCAGUAUACCAUUGGUUGUCACAUUGUCGGAGGAGAAAUUAAAAGUUGUUACUGUCUUUGGUGCUGGUUUACUUGUUGGAACUGCCUUAACUGUGAUCAUUCCAGAGGGAAUACGCGCUUUGUACAGUAGCGAUGUUCAACACAUGGUGUCAUCACAAUCACCAAACAAUGAAAAAAUUGUACCCGAAUUGAAUCAUACAGAUGACGAACCCGAUCAUUCAUCAACGAUUGGACUGUCAUUGGUAUUGGGUUUUGUAUUUAUGAUGAUUGUUGAUCAAAUCUCAUCACGACGAAAUAAAGAUACAUACGGUUCGGAUCGCAAUAGUACAGCCACAAUUGGUUUGGUAGUGCAUGCGGCAGCUGAUGGCGUUGCACUUGGUGCAGCUGCAACAACAAGUCACCAAGACGUGGAAAUGAUUGUUUUCUUAGCGAUUAUGUUACACAAAGCACCGGCCGCUUUUGGACUUGUUAGUUUUCUAUUGCACGAAGGCAUUGAUAGAAAUAGAAUACGAAGACAUUUGGCUAUUUUCUCACUGUCCGCCCCACUGCUAACGAUUCUUACUUACUUUGGCAUUGGACAAGAGCAAAAAGAAACAUUAAAUUCUGUGAAUGCAACCGGCAUUGCAAUGUUAUUUUCAGCAGGUACAUUUUUGUAUGUAGCAACGGUGCAUGUGUUGCCGGAAUUGACAACUGGAGGCCAUGCACAUGCACCUCCCACAUACAGUCAUCUAGAAUCUCCGCAAAUGCCAGCGCCAAAAGGAUUUACGGGACUCAAAAAUAGUGAAUUAGCCAUUUUAAUUGUUGGCGCAUUAAUGCCACUGGUCCUGACGAUAGGCCAUCAUCAUUAAAGGAGACAUUUAAGUAGAUAAACGAACACAUACAAUCCACUCCCCCCGAAUUCAUAUUAUACAUAUAAAUUAUUUAAACAAAACCAGAUGAACACAUAUUUUAAUCCGUUUAUUUAAUGCGUAAAAAAUGAAAUAAAAAUAAAAUACAUUAGGCGAUAAGAAAAAUGAAUUUACUAUUAUUGAGAAAGAAGAAGACGACAUAGGUUUUCUUCUUCUUUUUAAUCACUUUGUAAAUGACUGUAAUAAAUGAGAUAAAAAAAAGA